UCAGUGCAGUCUACUUACAGCUGGCUGUGAGCAGAACUGGCGCUACUUAACUGUUAUCCAUACACACGUUUGAUAAGUCUUCAUCAAAACGCAAUUGUUAAGCACUCUUUCUUCUACCACGGUGAUUUUUCGUUUUCUUCUCGCUCUCUUUUUUGUUUUUGUUUUGUUUUCUACGGAGAGUAAAGUUGAGAGGCUGGGCCUUUUAACUUAGCUGUCUGUCGCCUGAAAAAAAAGAGAAGAAGCAGCAACUUGACUUAUUUUUGUUGUUGUCGGUUAAGGGGAGAAGAAAAAAAACCGCGAUAAAUGCUCCUGACGAAAAUGGAUCUGUUGAACUUCCAGUACCUGGACAAGAUGAACAACAACAUUGGCAUACUCUGCUACGAAGGAGAAGCAGGCUUGCGAGGAGAUCCCCGACUGCAAUCCCUGUCCUUGUCCUCGUCUUCCUCCUCCUCAUCCUCCUCUUCAUCGUCCAUCUCCAGCCACAGAACAGGCCCGCCACCCAUCAGCCCCACCAAGAGAAAACUGAGCGGGGAGCAGGGGGACAGUGACAUGGACGACAACGAGCACGUGGCCAAGAUGAGCCGACUGUUCGUAGCACAGUUGAAACCUCAUGGAGACUAUCGCAGCUCCUCCAAGGACCAAACCCGGAGUCCUAUGGAGCGUGUGGUGGUGCCCAGCACUCUGGGCGUCCACGCCAACCACCUGUACAGCCACGCCCACCUCCAACACCAUCACCACCUGGCCAGUUUAGCCGCCAUGGACCAGCCGCUGGCGCUCACAAAGACUAGCGGCAUGGCGGAGAGACACAGCGCGACAGCUCUGGUCGCCGGGCCUCACACGGUCGGCGUCGCAGAACGCCAGCAGAAUCGUCCUUCGGUCAUAACAUGUGCCCCUGCGAACAACCGCAACUGCAACCUGUCACACUGCCCACUCUCCCACAAUGGCUGCUCAAGCCUCACUAACAACUACAGGAGAGCCCACACCAACACGGCAUGCGACCCUGUCAUCGAGGAGCACUUCCGCCGCAGCCUGGGCAAAAACUACAAGGAGCCCGAACCGGCGGCGGCGCCGACGGCCACCAACUCUGUGUCCAUUACGGGCUCGGUGGACGACCACUUUACCAAGGCGCUGGGCGAGACCUGGCUGCAGAUCAAGAACAAGAGCGCGCCGUCGUCGUCGGCCAGCAGCCCCAACUCGUCGCCCGACAGCCGCAUGAUCAACCACAACCACUCCCCUUCUCUGGUCUCCUGAAGGGGACGGAGUUUUCAACGGGGGACGGGUCCCCGACACCUUGAGGCCUCCUUGAGGGAGUGCACAGUCUGCUGGUCUGCUUAACACAAAUCACAAAUGGAGCAAUAAGGAAAUGAUGAGGAACUUGAACGCGGCGUCCUCGCGAGUCUUCUGUAGUUAUUUGUACAUAAAGAAGCAGUUUUUCUUGUAGAUCUUUUAUUUUUGUUUUGUUUGUGGAACUGUCGUUUGGCUAUUCUGCAUCUGAAAGACACAAGCGAGAGAGAAAAAAAGCACCUGACUGUGCAACCAAAGAAACCUCGAGCCCCUUUCACACUGCGUAGCAAAGCCUCGCUAACUGCAUUGAAUGGGGUGGGGUGGGGGAUAAGGUUUUAGGCCAGGAUUGGGGUUUCAAGAGCCUGGUUUAGGGCUUGAAGUUAGUUUAAAAUCAGGUUUCAGGUUAGGGUUUGAAGCAAAGGUGAGGCUUUUAUAUUACGGGUUCAAAUUUGUGUGGUAAGGAUUUCAUGCCAGGGCUAAGGUUUCAAAUUCACGUUAGUUUUAGUGUCAAGACAAUGUUAGAGUUUCUAAUUCGGGUUAUAGUUUAAAGUUAUGCUCUCAAGCCUGGUUUAGGAUUUCAAAUUAGGGUAUCAUGUCAGGGUUAGGGUUUCAAAUGGGGUUUUCCAGCGUGGUGUAGCGUUCCAAAUUGGGUUUGACUGCAGGUACCCGGCCCUCCGGACACGUUAGCACACAACGUGCGCUGGCGUGCAAAGCAGUGUGAAAGGGUUCGAUGUUUCUCCCGCCACCAUCGGCUUCCCUCAAAAGCACUCCGGUCGUGCCCAUCAAAAUGGCUGCCGGACAGAUGAUGAUGCGUGCUAAUGCUAAUCGCAAAGAACAACAACCGGCCCCUAAAAUCCCAGCUGCGCUUCACUUGCUAAUGAAUGCUUUUUAGCCAUGCGUGUAUUUUCGUUUUGUUUUAAUUUUGAAUAGCUGGCAUCUAUUAGGAAGCAUUUAAAAGACUUCUAAUUAGCCUUUUUAUUUGUUUUUGACGUUAUCUCGUAACACAUGUUCAACAAUAUACACUCACUGCUGGAUCAGUUGUACUCCAUGUUGUUAUAUCGUUGAUGUUACCAUGCCGCGUGUGUGUUAUUUUUUUGUACUGUGUGCUAGCAAACAUCUCGAGCUAGCGGACAGGCUCUGCUAAACAUUUUGCUAACAAAACUCCAAAUUAAAAGCAAGCAUUGAUGUUGAUCCGUCAGUGGCGCCGCGUGUGGUGCGCUCAUGUGCGUCGUCGUUCACAGACAUCCCGGUGGGAUCUCUAAAGUUGACGCCAAGCAAGUACAGAUCGGUACGGUAUGGUGCACAACAUUGAAAAUUUUGAGUAAUGAUGAGAAACUACUACUACUAAUUUUCUUUGUUUGGGUGCCAAAAAAACAAGUGUGUAUCUCCAAUUUGGGGCUUCUUAUUUUGAGGGUUUCAAAGCUUUGGUUAGUUUCAAGUUCAGGUCAAGACUUUGAGCUUGACCUGAACUGACUUAGAACUUAGGGUUUUAAAUUAGGCUUUACAAGUUAGAUUUAGGGUUUUAAAUCAUGGCUGCAGUUUUAAAUUAGGGUUUCAAGCAAAGGUUAGGGUUUCAGGUCAGGGAUAGAGUUUCAAGUUUAGAUUUGGGUUUUAUGUUAGGGUUUCGUGUCAAGGUUAGGAGUUCAAGCAACUUCUAGGGUUUCAAGACAGGGUUAGGGUUUUAAAUUUGGGUUCCAAGCAAAGGUUGUUGUUUCAUGUCAGGGUAAGGAUUUUUUUUUAAAUUAGCAUUUUAAGCAAUGGUUAAAUUUUAAAUUAGGGUUUCAAGUUAAGGCUCCAAACAAUAGUUACAGUUUCAAAUUAGACUUUCAAGCAACAGUUAGGGUUUGAAAUGGUUCCAAACCAGGGGCGAGGUUUCACAUUCUGUAUUUAUGUUCAUCCAAACACGGCAAUUGCGAGAUACACGCUUGAUGUUGAGGGUGUACCAUAAAGAGGCGGAGUUAUGCUGCAGUCCAUUGAUUGGUUGAUGGCGAAUCAUGUGAUGCUGGGGAAUGGACUUGAGAACACAAAAUGGUGGCUGCUAGCCUUCUGUUGCUGUUGUUCCUCUUUGUUGAAUUUAAAUACCCUACCGCCUAAACAAACAAAAAACGGACUGAAGUGGACCGUUUAGUUGAAACGCUCCCAACGAGAAGCGGCCACCACACAUUCCGUUCUGAUUUCGGGGGUCGCAUCAAGAGGACUACAACUAAAAUGGCCGCCUGAUAGGAGGAGUUUCUUGAGGGUGAGGCGUUCACAGGAGCUGAGCUUCUGUUCGCCCUAAAACGUGACAUCAACCGCUUGCUAAACUUUUGUUUCACUGCCAUGCUGUAGUUUGAAGGCUGUCUGUCUACAACACAACACACAGUAGGAAAAUUAUUACUAUUUUUUUGAUAAUAAGACCAUCAUUACGCUGUGCGUAACGGAUGUACAGAGAAAACAAAUCAUAGGUAUUUUUCAAGGAACAAUAAUUUGUUAAUGAUAUGUAGCUAUUUAAUUGUUUGUUCUUCCUGUCCUCGGAUUAUAAUCAUUUUUUUUUCCUUGUUGAAAAAGUUGAUCUUUUUUGUUGUUUGUCUUGAAAAAGGUGCAGGAACACACACACACAAAGCCACUGGACAUUGUCAGUGACAAUUGUUACUUCGGGCAAUUAUUUAAUUAAAAAAAACAUCACUCACCCCCAAUAAGUCUAGGUCAGCACCACCUCCUCUGGCUGCUUCAUCCACAUCUUCCAAAAAUUCCCAUUGGUCAAACAAUCUUGAAACGGAAUCCAACGUUUUGCUCUUCAUGUGCUGCGUGAGCAUUUUUGGUCGUCCACUCUUGCGUCUUUAAUCAACAUGGGUGAUGCGGCAACCAAGCACAUGUUCCGCCCCCCCCCCUUUUUUUUUUAUACAAGUGGUAUGUAGUUUACUGCUAGGAUGACUCUCGCAAAUGUAAAAAAAAAAACUAUACAUAUAUAUAUACACACAAUUUGUGGCUCUGUGUCUCCUACUGAAAAGGUUUUGGCAGGCCACCUUUUUUGUACGUAAAGUAGCCUCAAUGAACAAUAAAGUGCUUUUACAUCACC